GUUCCUAUCGCCACGUUCUUUCCCUUCACAUUCAUUACAGGACCAUGCCGAAUCAAUCUGCGGAAGUUGUAACAACGCCCGAGGCGUCGACACCGGUCGCUGCCCAUGCAAGGUCUCCGUCGAAGUCCCCAUCGAGAUCUCCCCCGGGUCAGAACGAACUGGUCCCCGCAGAUGAUUUUGAUUAUGAUCCUCAGGGCGAUGCUGACUCAUCCCUUGGGGACGACGCCGAGAGCUCAACUGCCUCAGUUUCUGCUAGCAUCCUCGAGUACCGUCGGAGUCAGGGGCGCACGUACCACAGCGACCAGUUCACCUCCAAUUACUUUUUCCCCAACGACGAUCAACAACUAGAGUCCAUGGACUUGACGCACCACUACUUGACACUUCUUUUGGACAACGAACUGUUUCUUGCUCCUGUAAAGACAGACGCCAUACAGCAAGUUCUAGAUGUUGGUACCGGAAGUGGUAUCUGGGCCAUUGAAUUCGCCGAUCGAUACCCCAGCACGGAAGUGAUUGGCACAGACCUCUCCCCUUGCCAGCCCCAAUGGGUCCCCCCGAAUGUCCGCUUCGAAAUUGACGAUGCGAUCCAACCAUGGACAUGGAAGGAAAAUUACUUCGACUUUAUCCAUAUUCGAUACCUCUUUGGCGCCAUCAAGGACUGGAACACUCUAUUCAAGGAGGCAUACCGCUGCUGUGCUCCAGGAGGCUGGGUCCAGUCGGGAGAGGCCGACGUCACGUUCCGCAGUGAUGAUGGAACUACCGAGUUGGAACCUGUAUUCGAAACCUAUCAGAAGCUCUUUGAAAAUGGUGGCAAGAUUCUAGGCAACUCCUUUUUCGUGCACGACUUGCAGCGAAAAGCGUUUGAAGAGGCUGGCUUUGAAGAUGUCAAAACGGUAGACUACAAGUUUCCUAUUGGCGGUUGGCCCAAGGACCCGAAACUCGCUGAGAUUGGUCGAUUCGUUAAGCUUACGCUAGAGAAUGACUUGGAGGGUUAUACUCUUAUGAUGUGGCACGAUGUUGUCCAGUGGCCCAAAGACGAGUAUCAGGUGUUUCUCAUGCGCCUGCGCAGAGCGAUACGCAACCCCAAGGUACAUAGCUACAUGACUGUGCGUUACGUCUACGCCCGCAAGUAG